AUGUUGGUUGCUGGAACAGCAGCAGCUGGUUUGAGGCACGCCUUCCUUCUUCUUCGCGGCAGCAGCAGCAGCAGCAGCAGCAGCAACAGCAAGGGUAUCAUCAUCAGACGAGGCAUCCGCUACGCCACAAGAAGCAGUAACAACAGCAACACAAACAAUAAGGGCUGUGAAGCAAGAACACGGAGCAGCGCCUGCAACGGCCGCGUCCACGACGCAAGCCCCUUUGCUCGCUUCAACUCCAGUGCACAGCACUCAAGAGCACAAUCGACAACAGAGAUAACAGCAACAACAGCAACAACAGCAACAGCCGUACAAGCGCAGCGUGCCUUGACUGCAGCCCGCAGCUUUCAGUUCUCGCACAUCACUGCGAGGCCCAACAGCGUCCUCUGCCACCCAGCAAGCACAGGGUCACCCUUGUCAAUUGCCGCUGGCAUCAUGUCAUCCACAACAUUCCAGAUUGAAGGCGCCAAGACGGGGCGCUCAGGCUGCAAGGAAUGCAAGCAGAAGAUUGACAAGGAUGUCCUUCGCAUCGGCAAGGUCACCCCAAGCGCCUUUUCCGACGACGCUACCAUGACCUCCUGGUUUCACGUCCCCUGUUUCUUCAAGGCGCAAAUGAGGUCACGCGCCACAACAACAAAGCUGGAGGAUCCGGCGGACCUGGAAGGAUUCUAUUCGCUGAGUGAGGACGACCGUCGCAGCGUCAAGAAGGCCAUCGACGACUUUGUCACCGCAUACGCGGAGCAGCAGGCCAAGAAGAAGACAAAGACAAAGACAAAGGCGGCUGCCGCUGGCAAAAAGGCAGCCCCGUCGGCGGCGGCUGGGCCCGUGUCGCCAAUCACCGGCAGCCCAAAGAAGACCGCCCAGGCCACGCUGUCCUUCCGCGGUGGCACCAUGGGCCUGCGCAAGGACACGACGGGCGCCACGGCCACAUCAACAACCACGUCCCGCCCAGCAGCCGGCGCCGCACGCGACCUGUCGUCCUCAUCCGCCACCACCUUUGCCAACUUCUGCGACCUGUGCAACCGCAUUGCCGCGCGCCCAUCGUACAACGACAAGACAGACGCCGUUCGCCAGUACAUCACCAAGGGCAACUCGGCAGGCGACGGGUUCAAGGGCGACCUGUAUCUGGUGAUCCGGCUGCUGCUGCCCCGCAACCCAAAGCGCGUGUACAACAUGAAGGACAAGGCGUUUGUGCGUGUGUUCAGCAAUCUCCUCGGCUGUGACGCUGCCGCCAUGACGGCCGAUCUUGACAAGGGCGACUGCCCCGAGACAUGCGCCACAUUCUUCGCAAAGAACAAGCGCAUUCCGCCCAAGGAGAAGAGCACGCUGACGCUUGCGGAGGUGGAGAACUUUCUUCGCCGCAUGGAAGGGCUGACAACCAUCGAUGCGCAGACGGCCGAGUUCCGCAAGCUGCUGCCCAAAUGCACCGUCAAUGACGUGCGCUUUAUUCUUCGCAGCAUGAAGCAUGAUCUCCGCACGUUCGCGGGGCCAAAGCACAUUCUCUCUGCCCUGCAUCCACGUGCGUACGAGGCGUGGCAGGCGUCGCACAGUCUCAAGGCGCUCAUCAACCGCAUUCAGGCCACAAAAAAGGGUGGCAAGCUCAGCAAAGAUUUGAGCGUGCGCGCGUCGCUGAUGACCGCCGUCAAACCCAUGCUGGCCGAAGCCUGCAGGACAUACGAGCGCGCAUUCUCAAAGUGCCCCAAUGGCAUCUAUGCGGAGAUCAAAUACGAUGGGGAGCGCGUGCAAGUGCACAAGCGCGGGGAUCGCUUUGAGUUUUUCAGUCGCAGCCUGAAGCCUGUGUCGGACCACAAGAUUACGUUCUUCAAGGACUCCGUGAAGCAGGCGUGCCCACACGGCGACACGAUGAUUCUGGAUGCAGAGGUGCUGAUGGUCGACACGAGCACGGGCAAGCCGCUGCCAUUCGGCACUCUCGGCAUCCACAAGAAGAAAGCGUUCAAGACGGCACGGCCAUGUCUGUUUAUCUUUGACAUUCUCCACUUCAACGGCCAGUCGCUCAUGAACAAGACCCUCCGAGAACGCAGGGAAUUUCUCGAAUCAAAUGUCGUCGAAGUCGAACACGAGAUCAUGUAUUCCGAGAAGUAUCACAUCAAGAGCCAGGAAGAGCUGGCUGGCCUGAUGAAGCGCGUCAUGUCUGAAGGGCUGGAAGGGCUCGUGCUGAAGGACCGCCACAGCACGUACCAGCCAGGAAAGCGGCGCUGGCUCAAGGUGAAGAAGGACUAUCUCCAGGCAGGAGCGCUGGCGGACACCGCCGACCUGGUGGUGCUGGGCGCCUAUUACGGCACGGGCACAAAGGGCGGCAUCAUGUCCGUGUUUCUGAUGGGCUGCCAGGACAGCAAGGGCAAGUGGCGAACGGUGUGCAAAGUCGGGAAUGGGCACACGGACGCCGCGCUGGAGAAGAUCAACCGCGAGCUCGACGUCAUCAAGAUCAGCAAGGACCCGAGCAAGGUGCCGUCGUGGCUGGUGAUCAACAAGUCUGACCUGGUGCCCGACUUCAUCGUUCCAGAUCCAAAGAAAGCGCCCGUCUGGGAAAUCACCGGCGCAGAGUUUUCAGAGUCAACCAGCCAUUCUGCGGACAACAUUUCCAUCAGGUUCCCGCGCGUGACAAAAGUUCGGGAUGACAAAGACUGGCAGACGGCCACGUCACUGAAGGAGCUGAAGAAGCUCUAUGACACUUCCAAAGAGCGCACCGACAUUGCGCCAGCGCCGUCUUUCAUGAAGAAGGACAAGACCGCACGGCGCGGCGAUGGCGAGGAAGCGGACGAUGACGGUGAGCCUGCAAGCAAGACAGCAAAGAUCAGCGCUGCAGGCAAGGGAUCAACGACAACGAAGAAGAAACCAGCAACAACAGCAACAACAGCAGCGGCGGCGGCGAUGGCGGCACGUGGGACGAGGAAGCGAAAGACGACGAAGAAAACGGGCAGAAAGGACGCGUUGGCGUUUGACCAAGACGAUGACUACGAGUACGACGGGUUUGUGGUGCCGGAUGACGAUGGUGAUGGCGAUGAUGAUGAGUAUGUGGUGGACGAUGACGAUAUUGAUGAGAUUGACAGCGAGGAGAUGGACGAAGAUGAGGACGACGAGGGCAGGGUGCCUGCGCGCACACACGCGCGCGGCGAACGGAAGCGGGACAAGUGCCGCUAUGGGGCGUCGUGCUACCAGAAGAACCCGGCGCACAAGGCGCGGUUCGCGCAUCCGGGCGACAAGGACUGGCGGGACAGCGAUGAUGAGGAAGUGGACGAGGGUAGCGAUGCUGGCGGUGACGCUGCCACUGAUGUGGAUGAUGGUGCCACUGCUGCCACUGCUGCUGCUGCUGCUGCUGGUGGUGGUGGUGGUGGUGGUGAUGAUGGUGACAGUGGAAAAGCGGCGGGUGUUGCGGGACGAGGCGGUGCGAAGAACAAAAAUGGCGACGCGACGACAGCAGAUGAUGGCCCGUUGAAGAAUGUCUUUCAUGGAGUGACGUGCUUCAUCUCCGACGCCGUGCCCGACUACAGCAAGGCGUAUCGGUACGGCACUGCAUUUGGGGCCGAGUUGGUGAAUGCCAUGGGCGGUGAUGUGACACACGUGGUUGUGCCUGAUCUUGAUGUGGACAAGUGGGAUGCAGCAACAAAGAGCGCCGUGUCCAUGGCCAGCAGCACGGGGGCGCGUGUCGUCACGGCGAAGUGGCUGUGGGACUCAAUCAAGCGGCGAACGCGCCAGCCCGAACGCUCCUACGCGCUGUGA